UUUUGCACUGACCCCCGCAGCAGUAUCAGCAGUAUCGUCUGUUCUUUCCAUGCUUUGCGACUCUAAUCUAUAGAAUGGAUCCGGGUGAUGCAGUUCCGCUCUCUACCUCUUUUCCCCUCCCGUUUCGCGUACUAUUAUUGAUCGGCUUGGGCAUACUAGGAUGGGCGACCAACCUCCAUGGAUUGCACCUACUUGGGAUUGAUGCAGGGUCAGCACUAGAGUUGUCCUCUGGUCGUACCUUCUUGCCCACCAACUCCUCGUCUUCACGAGUAUCUUUGUCUCUACGACUGUCUUAUAUGCCCGUAUACCGUCUAUUCGCAGGAUAUGCAACUUGGUGUUUUGCUGGAUGGUCCUUCUUCAGACUCGCCACUCACUCGAACACUAUGUUGGUGGAUACCUUCAAAUAUAUUCCUUCCCUGAGCUCUUUGGGUGUGCUAACAACUCUCAUAUGCCCAUUUGAGUUGUGCCAAAAGCGCGAGAGAGAUAUGUUCCUUCAGAGCGCUGCAAGGUGUCUCUUCUCUUCAACAGAUAGUCCAGUGUAUUUUUCGGAUGUAGUCUUUGCAGACGUGUUCACCUCAUUUGCAAAAGUCCUUGGUGACGUUUGGCUUUCUCUUUGCAUGUUGCUUCCAGGUGGAAGUCUUGUGUCUCCCCCACACCUCGAUGGCCUCUCUCAGUGGAUACUUCCAACGUUCAUGAGUCUACCGUAUAUUAUUCGCUUCCGCCAGUGCUUGAUCGAGUACCAGUCUCCUACCAACACCAGCAAGCGACCACUCUUCAAUGCGCUCAAAUACGCAUCCUCGUUUCCGGUGAUAUUCCUUUCUGCCGCUCAAAGAAUUGUGGUACUGGAGCUCGCAGAGGUGAAGGGUGAAUUGGUCACGCGAGAGCCAUGGCAUGGGGAACAUCCAUUAUUUCGCCUAUGGCUUCUAGCCGCGGCCGUGAACUCUCUAUAUUCCUUCUGGUGGGAUUUAACCAAUGAUUGGGGUCUUAACCUUUUGAAACCGCGAUCUGCGGAGUCGCGAAGACCCCUUGUGCUCCCAUCUCUCCAUUCAAAAACUUCUUCCAUUGCUGGGUCUUCCGACGCACAUACUGUCACACAAUCUUCUGGCCACCAUGUUCUUGGUGGCGCAAUUCAACGUCACCAGUCAUACCCUUAUGGACUUCGACCAGUGCUCCUCUACCCGCUUCUGGUAUACCCCCUGGUUAUGUUCUUCAACCUCGUGCUCCGUAUGACAUGGUCAAUCAAACUAUCGAGUCAUCUGCAUUCGCAGUCGGAAGGAAGCGUUCUUAUGCUCUGGCUUGAGGUUGCGGAAGUCUUUCGACGAUGGAUGUGGGUCUUCCUUCGGGUGGAAUGGGAGGUUGCAAAGAAUGCACAACACAAAUCUCAGAUCAUGUCAAUCAGAACUGCAUCAGAGGAAGUGGAGUUGAUGCCAUCAAACCGUUCUGAUCCUAUGGAUGAUGAUUAUGUACUUGCAUCAGAACACUCAGGAUAAAAAUUUGCAUUGUAUAUAGCAUCCAGCAAUUAUAAAUAGAUAUUACAAUACAUUAUGCCCCGCUCGGCAAUGCCAUCAAACCGUUCUGAUCCUAUAGAU